AUGUCCUGUAGUGGGUCCACCUGCGCAAAGUGCAACGGCAAGCACCAUGCACUGCUGCAUUUCGACAAGUUCAGCAGCAACAAGCUUCAGCAGAAGCAGUCUAAUAGCAGUAACAUUCAGGGCAAGGUAGACGUUAGGGAGCACGUUCUGCAUGUGUGCCGCCCGCAACCACGACGAACGUCUCUCCCUGCCAUAUCAUUCAUGACAGUUCCGGUCACAGUUCGCAACGGAAGUCAAGAAACCGUAUGCAGAGCACUACUUGAUCCUGCUGCCACCAGCGCGCAUAUCAAAGCCGCAGUGGCUGAAGCUAUCGGCUUGACUGGAGAUCCGGAACCGCUCCAAGUGACCACACUUGGUGGCAGCCAGAUGGAAGCCAUGCGCAGACGUACACCGGUGACCAUUCAAAGUACAGACAGCAGCUUGACCCACCAGAUCAGCGCUUGGGUUCUGCCAUGCGUCACAGCCGACACCGUGGCAGUCGACUGGAGUCAACACCAAGAUGCCUGGACGCAUCUGCACGGCAUACCAUUCCCAACUAUGGACACCUGCGACAUUGGUCUGCUGAUUGGUGUGGAUGCUGCGCCACUCCACACAGCACUGGAAGAGCGACGAGGCCCCGAUGAUGCGCCGAUUGCCCGUCGGACCCCGCUUGGUUGGGUUUGCUAUGGCCCCACAGGUACAAGCACCAAGAUAUCCCAGUCUAUCAUCACGAACUGUGCCACUGCCGCUGUACGUUCAGAGAUGACCUCCUCUGGCACAGAACCGCGUCUGGAUGAGCUCGUCCUCAACCUAUGGGACACUGUGUCCAUCGGUGUUGUGAACGCUGACCAGCGAUACCGCACACCAGCAGAACGUGAAGCGGAGGAACUGGCCACGGCUACCAUGCACCAUGAUGGGCAGCGGUACGAAAUCCGCCCUCCCUGGAUCCGCCCAACUGGUCCGAACAUCACAUCAAACCGCGCUCAAGCUGAACAGCGCUUGAGAGGUCUAGAAAAGACCCUGUCAGCCAAGCCAGCGAUCCAGGCAGAAUAUCACCGCGUCCUUGCAGCACAUCUGGAGAAAGGGUACAUCCGGACUGCACCUGAACUUAAGCCAUCGCCGCCGCAGACUACCAGCACCAGUGGUCGCAGCAUCAACACAGAAAUGCGCACGGGACCACGCCUACAGACCGACAUCGUUCGCAUCCUGUUUCGGUUCUCUGCUGAACCAGUAGCUAGCGUUGCCGACAUCAGUGAGAUGUUUAUGCAAGUAGAGCUCAAAGAAGAAGAUCAGCGGUUCACUCGGUUCCUAUGGCGUGCCAGCGCAGACGAUGAUCUACAAGUGUAUGAGUUUAACCGGUUGGUCUUCGGCCUAAGAGCAUCACCCUAUCUCCCCGACAAGGCUCUAAUGCAAACUGCACAAGAUUUCGCGACCGACUCGAUGCGCAGCAACGACCUUCUCCAAGUGGUCGAGGAGAGCUUCUAUGUCGACGAACUUCUGGACCCUUCCAGUCAGCUUCUGUGGCAAUAG